UGUUAACAGUUGGAGGAGAACAUUCUCCAUUAAAUGGUGUGUAUUAGAUCUCAAAUUUGAACUUUGGACGUCUCCUCUGCCAAAAGAUGGAAAUGACAAUCAUAUUGGUGGUUCAGUUCGUGUAAAGGCUCUUGGUUGGCUUUGUGUUGCCUUCUCUGUGUGCGUCUUUGCGGCACCCUUAAACAUUGUGUUGA